CAGUGAGGUAUAGCAAGGUUAGCUCGCUUCUUCCUUCAUUCUAUAUUUCGAAACGGAAAUCUACAAUAGUUUGAAAACACCUUUAUCAAAACUGGGCAGCUGUUACUGUGUCCCAUUUGACCAGAAUGGAGGGCAAAAUGAUCGGACCUGGUCCGUAUAGAGCAACAAAAUUGUGGAAUGAAACUAUCAAGCUCUUCCGUGGAGGCAUGCCACUGAAAAGACACUGGGCCUACUUUCGUAGCUAUGACAACAGCUUUACUGGAUCCGAGGCUGUUGAUUGGCUGCAUGAGCUGCUGAAGCGGAACCAUAACUUCGGGCCAGAAGUUACCCGCUACCAGACCCUACAACUGCUCAGGAAAUUCAUGAAGAACCAUGUAAUUGAGGAUAUCAAAGGCCGCCAUGGAAAAGAGGACUUUGAGGACAAUGGUCAAGUCUACAGGUUUCCUCAUACGUCUCCCCUAAAGCCCGUGCCCCAGCGUCCCCCGGUGUCGGAGAACUGCGACAUGCCUCGGCUCAUUCGCUGGGACGACUAUGAGGAGCUGGCCCAGCCAGAGAAGAUCCCCCUGAAGCCUCUGGUCCUGAAUUCCGAGACGUGGAACAAGCGACACAGCAUCGCCAUCGGAGAGGUGCAUGAGUGCAAACUCAUACGGAGAAGGGACGUCACCCCAAAGCAAGUCGACCAGAUCUGGAAGUCAUUGACCAUCGUACAUACUCCUAGUUUACAGAGGGUGCUGGGCCUCAAGACGAUGGAUGGAGUGUUGGACUCCAAACACAUAAAUGCGAAGCACAUCGUUCACAACGUAUUCAGUGUCAACAGCACAGGGAUAGUCAUUCUAAAGAACAAAACAGAGGAUAUGCCCUAUUGGGUUUUAUCAGCGAUGAAGUGCCUAGCCAAAUGGCCCAAUGGUAGUGAGACCAAGCAGCCCAUGUACCCAGGGUUUGAGCGGGAUGUGUUGCGGACUGUGGCAGAGUACUUCCAGAGACUCAAAGAGCCACUGUUGACGUUCCAGCUUUAUGAAGUCUUUGUCAACAUCCUCAGUCUGCUACAGCAGGAGGCAGUAGCCGUGGAGGCGCUCCAGGUUUGCAGUCUUCUGCUCCCUCCAGCCAAUCGCCGCCGGCUCCAGCUGCUUCUGCGCCUCAUGGCCCGGGCCUGCCACAACCCCGCCCUCCCCCCGCUCAAUGACACCAUAGCAACGCGCACCCUGAUGGUGCAGACGUUCUCGCGCUGCGUCCUGGGCUCCGCGGAGGAGGUGGACCUGGACGAGCUGCUGGCCACCAGGCUGGUCACCUUCAUGUUGGAGCACCACGACACGGUCCUCACGGUCCCGUCCGUCCUGCACAGUCUCGUGGAGGAUCACCUGUCCCACCUCAGGAGGGUACAGAUCAAGUACGCAGGUGCUGAUGCCGACGCCUCCCUGGUGUCCCCCUCAUACUGCCGGCAGAUCAGCAGGGCACAGUUUGAGGAGCAGAGAGUCUCGGGCUCCCAGGGGCCCAUGCAGGAGCUGCUGGAGGGCCUCAUUGCAGACACCGAGCUCUCAGCCAAGGACAAGAGAAAGAGACUCAAGCAGGUGCCCCCCGCACUCCUUCCCCGUUCCAGAAGUCCUAUCCUGAGAUCUACCGAAGGCGGUUCCCCACAGCGGAGAGCGAGGCCGUCGUCCUGCCAGAAAAAGCACCGCGGCUUAAACCGCAACUCAUGCUGCUCACCCUGAAGAAACCCUUCCAGCCUUUUCAGAGGAGCUGGAGCUUUAGGGCCUGAGCUUUCAACACCUUGCCAGUUUGACCUUGGCAGUGUGGCCAAGAAACAGUGAGGAUUAUGGGUAUUGGAGUGUUUAGAUGUCACUCUGAAGCAGGUCAUUGUGAAUUCACAGGGGUCAAGUGGCAAUGGCUGAAAUAGUGUUGUCCUCUGUGACUUUUCUAUUAAUAGUUUGGUCUGAAAAAGGGAUAUUACGAAUCUAUAACAGGCAGCUUGAUGUGUUAGCCAACAUCAAAACUCUAUAGGCAACGAAUGGACCAAGACAGUGGAACAAUGAUGUACAGUAUGUUUAAAGAAAUGGUCACUACGGGUGUAAUUAUCAGUUUCUGUGUCAUGAUGCUUUCUGCUGGUCACGGUCCACCAAGUGCAUUUCAAUUGGCCAUUGGGGUCCCUGUAUGUAUUAUUUGAUGAAUGAGAUCUUUUAUAGAACAGAUGUAAUGCUACUGAAGGGCUGGAAUAUUUCAAUGUCAAUAUAUCAGUCAUCAAUGAUGUGUCACUUAAUUUUGUAGUAUUUCGAAAUCAUCCCGUUUACACUGAGGUCUUCUGAAUAGAACUGCAUAUUGCUUUUGACAGUUUAGUCACUUCACAAGAUAAUACUUUUUUUAAAUCAACUAAGUUCGGUACUGAAUUUCAGUAAUGAAUAAUCUGUAAAAUCUGAACUAUGUUCAUGAGCAUUGUCUUCCAUCUGUUUGUCUAAUUACACUGUAAAUGAUAAGUGCCAGUUUAUUUUGUAUUUUGUUGUUUCUAAUUUUUACAUAUUCAUGAGAAAUCAUUUCCCACAUAGACAAGCAGGUUUGUUUGUCCCUUCUGUUUAUUUCCGGGUAAUUCGGUACUGUACCUAUUACUAGCUACAACAUGCUCUUUGCUUUCUCCGUCUUGUCUGGCAGUGUUGUUUAUACCAGAUGUUUAUUUAAUUUCAUGAUAGAAAAUAUAGCACUGGAUAAUUUUAUACUGAUUAUAUCACUACAAGUAUUUUCCAUUAGUGGAUACAUGAUAGAACGCUGGAAUUUGAAAAUGUUAGUGGAUACAUGAUAGAACGCUGGACUUUUUACUGUUACACACUUACUGUUGUUAGUGAGUGGCUGCUCUAAUAUUUGUGAUGGCAUGAAUAAAAAGGAGGAAUACAAGAAAUGUGAAAAAAGUGGUUCAGUCAAAUUGAAUUCAUUCAAAUAUACGUACUUUACAGUAUGAUGGUACUCAAGGGUUAAAAAAAGUUGCAUACUGUAUGCUGUUGCUCUGUUGUGUUGUGGUGCCACAAGAUGGCAGUGUUGAGUUACGCAAUUGCUUGAACACUGAGGAUUUAAUGAUGAAUUGCAAUACAUUUAUAUAACCUUUCAAACACCAAUACACAUUGAAAUGAGCCUUUUGCUGGAAACUAGUUUGACUAGUCAAAAAAUGUGGUAUUUCUGUGUAAGUGUGAUAGUUUUAAAUAUAUUAUAACGUCCUAUACUGUUUCGAAACAGGAAGCUUUGGUGUACCUUGCAAACACUUUAUGCUGGCAAAAUCUUAUGUUGUUAUACCUGAAAUAAAGGC